AUUAAACUUGAAUGCUAAGCAUGAAAAAUAAGUUAAAAAAAGUAAAAAGUAAGGGCAUAAGAAAGGGAGGAAUAAAAGGUAAAUAAGUAAAGAGAAAAUAAUCAAGAUGGUAAUGAAGAAAGUAACCCCCAAUUGGGGCUAUCUCUCAAAUAAAGAAAUAAAUCUCCCCAUAUUAGUAUUUAAUUAAAUUUUUUGAUAAUAGUAUUUAAUUAAAUUAAUUACAAUAAUAAUCAACAAUCAAUUAGGUAUUGACAAGUCCCCACAUAGUCAUACGCAAUACUCUCCUCUCUAUAAUCAAUAUUAGGGAAGAGAUUAGCAAACUUAAUUACCAAUAUAUUAUACUUAAAUACCUCCCACCGUCCUACUUCCUACUCCCUUAAUCCCUCUAUACUUUUACUAAUUCUCCUUUCAACAACCCUUCAAAUUUCAACACCCUUUGAUCUCCCUUUUAUUUUUAUUUUUUUAAUUUUUAAUUAAUAUAAAAAAAAAAAGUUGUAGAAAUUUUUAGGGUAAAUAAAUUGGGGAGGAGGGUGGAGACACUGGAAUUUAGGGGUUUUUUCUGUAACAGGAUUGCCCUCUUGAUUCCUUGAACGGCGUUUGUUUUGUAAGUCCAUCCCUAAAAAUAGUGUCACGUGUAAGAUAACGAGGCCGAGGAUUCUUCAUUGAAUUCAAUGGCUCAGCACCUACUCCGACAACCAAACAACGAUAAUAACAGCAUUAACAAUGAUGAUGACGAGGAGGAGGAGGAGGUGGUUACGCUAUCAGCGACACCGUCAAAGGCAGUUGACGUUGACUUUAACAACACCGGGGACGAAGGCGGAGGAGGAAUAAAAGCAGCAAGGUUGCCGAGGUGGACGAGGCAGGAGAUACUCGUAUUAAUACAAGGAAAACGCGUGGCGGAGAAUCGAGUACGGCGAGGAAGAAGCGUGGCGUUGUGUGAUGGUAGUCAAGGACAACAACAAGUGGAACCAAAAUGGGCAACAGUAUCAUCUUACUGUAAGAGACAUGGAGUAAACAGGGGUCCUGUUCAGUGUAGAAAAAGAUGGAGUAAUUUAGCAGGUGAUUUUAAGAAGAUUAAAGAAUGGGAAUCUUUGGUUAAAGAUGAGUCUGAUUCUUUCUGGUUGAUGCGUAAUGAUUUGAGAAGAGAGAAGAAAUUACCUGGAUUCUUUGAUAAAGAAGUUUUUGAUAUUCUCAACUCUUCUAACAACAACAACAACAACACUACUGCUACUUGUUCUGGUUCUGAAUCAUUACCACCCGAUUCGAAUGUCGAACCACUCUUUGACAGUGGCAGGAGUGCUGCUGCUGAUGAUGGGUUAUUCUCCGAUUUCGAACCUACACACCCGCAACAACAGCAGCAGCAACAUCAGCUGCAGGAUGAUGAAAUUAUGGGUGAUAAUGAUAAUCAAGUUGAGGUUGAGAUUAAGGUUGAACCUCAACCUCUUUUGCUUUCUUCUCCUAAUACUACAACUACUACUAUUCCGGCUCCUACUCCUAUUUCUGAGAAGCAGUACCAGCCCAAGACUACAGAAGUCACACCUCCAGGAACAAAUAAUGAGAAGCAACAAGACAGGUUAAAUGUUGAAAUUGGAUCAACAUCCCGUGAGGGAAGAAAGCGAAGACGGUUUAUGGACGAAGAUGAUAAUAAUAAUAAUAAUAAUAAUGGUGAGCAGGAUGAAUUAUGCCAAGUGUUGGAGAAAAACGGCAGAAUCCUAAGUGCUCAACUGGAUGCUUACAACAUUAACCUGAAAUUGGAUAGGGAAGAACGUAAAGACCAUGCUAAUAGCUUAGUUGCUGUUCUCAACAAGCUAGCUGAUUCUUUGGGAAGGAUUGCAGAUAAGUUGUAAUAGCUCAGCUAGUCUAGCUAUUCGGCUCGACCUCGAUCUCUUUUCUAGUCUUGCCUUAAAAAUGGCGAUAUAGUCGUUGGUGCAUUUCAUGUAUAUAAUUGAAUACACUCCCAUGCAUUCUCUUCUACACCUCUAGUUGGCGAUGAUGGAUAGGAUUAUCAGUAUAUCUGGAGAGUUUGUUUGAUUUGCGUCUUUAAUUAGUUUGAUUUAAUAUUAUACACCCAGUUUUCUGA